AUGUCCUUUCAUAAUGGACCAAAGGUCUUUUUAGAAGUGUUAGAUCUUUCUCAUAACCAAUUAACCGGACCUAUUCCGACAUUCCUUGGGAGACUUUCCAAUCUUCAUCUUUCUUUUAAUCGAUUGAAUGGUCCAAUUCCAGAAUCUCUAGGAAGACAUUUUUCAUUACAAGCCAUUUCAUUGUCUUCAAAUAUGCUAAAUGGGACUAUUCUGGUGUCAGUUUCACAACUUCCAAAACUCCAUUCUCUCGAUAUCUCUUACAAUUUUCUGGAAGGAGUAGUUUCAGAAGCCCAUUUUGCUAAUAUUUCGAUGUUAAAGUACUUGGAUAUAUCUUCUAACACCGGGUUAACUUUCAAAGUUUCACACGGGUGGAUACCUCCAUUCCAAUUGGUUAGUUUUAGUUCUUGCAAUAUAGGAAGCGAAUUCCCGCAGUGGCUUCAGAAUCAAAGGAUGCUUGUGGAGUUGACCUUGUCAAAUGCUUCGAUUUCAGGACCUCUGCCCACAUGGUUGCGCAAGAUGCCCUUCAAGUUCUUAGAUCUCUCUCAAAACAAACUCAUCGGUCCUUUGACAAACCUUCCUAAUAUUGAGAAAUUUGAUGUGUUUGGAUAUGGAUUUUACCCAGGAUUAUUUCUGCAAGAUAACCUUUUUAAUGGGUCGAUUCCAAGAUCAUUGUGCCGAAGGACAGAUUUAUUCCUUCUGGAUCUUUCGAAAAAUAGGUUAACUGGAAAAAUUCCCAAGUGUCUUGUGAAUCUGCAAAUGUUGCAGGGCAUGAAAUUUAGCUCAAAUAAAAAGUCUGUUGUCAUUCCAAAAUCCAUAGUUCUUUUUUCUUCAUCGUUGCUUGAGUUAAAACUGAAUGACAAUAUGUUUAGAGGUGAACUUCCUGGAGAAUGGGGGAAUUUAAAAGGCCUAAUGGUCUUAGAUUUUGGUGAUAAUAUUUUUUUUGGGAAUAUACCAGAAAGGAUCGGAGAAAAACUUCCACAAUUGAUGGUUUUAAGGUUGCGUGGAAAUAACUUCAUCGGUGGAAUUCCUCCAUCUGUGUGCAAUGUUUCAGAACUUCAAAUUUUGGAUGUUGCAUUCAACAACUUAACAUGA